AUGGAGAACACAUCAAAGAAGUCAUCAUGGCUCGAAUGCUUUAAUGAGCCAAUGGGAAGAACUUUCAAAAAUGAAGCACUAUUUUACGAUCUUACUGAUAUGCAAUCUACACCAAUCGAUAAUAAUAAUUAUACAAAAAUGAAUUCUGAUAUGGUUUUAUCGCAUGAGAUGGAUUCUAAUGCGCAUCAUCUUUCAGUUCGAGUUUCAUCUCUUGAAAACUCAAAGAUUACGCGUAACAAACAGCAAAGAACUACAUUGACAAAAUGUCCAAAAUCGCCCGAAGAUCGACGCCGAUGCGCGGUAUGCAGUGAUGUUGCUUCUGGGUAUCACUAUGGCGUUUGGAGUUGCGAAGGAUGCAAAGCAUUUUUUAAACGAAGCAUUCAAGGUACUAAUGAAUAUAUAUGUCCAGCAACAAAUACAUGUACUAUUGAUAAGCAUCGUCGCAAAAGUUGUCAAGCAUGUCGUUUAAGACGAUGCUACGAAGUCGGUAUGACAAAGGGCACAACAAGACGCGAAGGAAAAUAUCGUAGAAAAGCUGUAUCAGUUUGCAAAAUAACGUCAACGUCAAGUGCAGCAGCAAAUAAUGGGAAUGCUAAUAAUCAAGAUUAUGGAUUUUCAGUUUCAACAAAUAAUACACGACCAACAACAGAAACGACUUCAGGGUCUCAGCCCAUUCAAAAUAGUAAUGUUUUAACGUCAUCACAGUCACAAAUUAACAAGACAGCAGCAGAUCUCACACGGAUCCCAAUACCAACUGCUGAGUUUCUUUCAAUUCUUUCACAAGUAUCUCGUCUUAAUCUAUUGGCUAAAGUUGAUAAUAGUCGUCCAUUAGAUGAUCAAUAUUUUCUUCAGUUGCUUGCAAAAGUUUUCGAUCAAGAAUUAGUUGUUCUUAUCAAUUGGGCAAAAUCUAUGCCAGGUUAUACAGAAAGUUUAACACUUGAUCAACAAGUAACAAUAAUUGAACAAAGUUGGUUGGACACGUUAAUUCUCGAUAUAAUCGAACGAUCAUUAGAGCACAAUGAUGAUUCACUACAUUUUGCUCCUGAUUUUAGGAUAUCAAGAAAUCAUGAUCUAUCAAGCCCUGUUCUAAGUUCAAUAUGUACAAAUUUAUUUAAUAUUCUUCACGUAUUUAAGGAUCCACAUACAAUCCAUGAAGAAUUCAUUUCUCUUAAAGCAACAAUGCUUAUUAAUUCAAUUCCAGCAAAUAUAACGUCAACUAAGGCUUUUCGUUUAUUAACAAAUCAAAUCUAUCAGGCAUUACAAUAUACAUGCGAUUCAAAUCUGAGUGUCUAUCAUGAUAAUUAUAUUCGUCAUACGACACUGUUACUACAAAUACCACAUAUUAAAAUGUUAAGCUCAAAAUUAAUCAAACUAUUUUUACAUAUGCGCACUAAUGAUUUACUGCCUCAAGCUGAUCUUUUAUUGGAAAUGCUUGAUGCACAAGAUACAAUGGAUAUAUCAUUUAACAUGAAUGUAAAUAAUCUUUCAUCGAAUACAGAAAAUUGUACUCAAAAUUCCUUAAUAAGUAAUAAUAUAUCGUCAACAUCAUUUGAGAUCGACGAUUCAUCGAUGUAUUCAGAUCAAUACUCAAAUAUGUUACCCAUAAAUAUUGAUAAAAAUAAUUUAUCUGAAAAAAAUUCACCGACGACACCAGUACUUCCAUUUUAUAAACAAAUACCAAACAAAUGUACAACAGCUGAGCAUCUUUUUUAA